ACACUAACCUAAACUUAAACCCCUCUCUCUCUUCGCGUGCCAAACACAAGAACAUUCUCUCUCUUAUUUCUCCGCCGCCAUGGCCGUCGUGAGCCACCGCCUGAAAGCGGCCGCUUCAGCCUUACCCCAUCAUUUCCUCCGCCGCAGGCCUUUCGGAUCGGCCGCGGCGCUUGCUUACGAUUACGACGAAUCGGAGCACGAGGAUGGAUACACAACAAUGGAGGAUAGUGAGGGCUGUGUUACAGGGAGAGAUGUUCAGUGGGUUAUUCUUGGGGAUCCAAUGGCUAAGCGACACGUGUAUGCUGAUAGGCUCUCUAAGCUUCUUGAUGUGCCUCAUAUUUCUAUGGGCACUCUUGUUCGUCAAGAACUUAGCCCUCACUCUUUCCUUUACAAACAGAUUGCAAACUCUGUAAACCAAGGGAAGCUUGUUCCACAGGAAGUAAUUUUUGGUCUAUUGUCGAAGAGGCUGGAAGAAGGAUACUGCAGGGGUGAAUCUGGGUUCAUUCUGGAUGGUAUUCCUCGAACAAGAGUGCAAGCUGAAGUCCUAGACAAAAUUGCUGACAUAGAUUUGGUCUUAAAUAUCAAAUGUACUGAGGAUUGCAUGUUAAAGGGACUUUUAGGUGAUCAAGCUUGUUCUGCCUGCCAUGAUUUUCUGGGCAUGCACAGCUCCAUAAUGACUAGAAAUCUGCAUUCCAAAGUUAAUACUGCAGAACUCAAUGGUGCUAAUCUAGCAGGUGUUGGUGGAGACAAACUUCGUACUUAUGCCGAGCAGAGCAAGCCCAUUGAAGAAUAUUACAAGAAACAGAAAAAGCUUCUGGACUUUCAAGUGGCUGGUCCUCCCGGAGAAUCAUGGAAUAGUCUCUUGGCUGCGUUACAUCUUCAGCAUAUGAGUGCUUUCAGCUCUUCACAGAAGUUGAAUGCAUAAUCUAUAGAAUUUAAUUCAAUGAUUCAAAUACCAACCGUAUGGUCUUUAUACGACACAUCGGCUUUAUAGUAGUAUAUAUGAGUUGCCAGUAUGGCUGGGUGAUUUUGUUCCCCAAUUUUUGUUUAGGUUUAAAAGACGAGCUAUAUGAACCCAAAAAUAAUGAAACUGUGAUUGAUUCGCCUUUAUGGUGUAUUUUUGUUAUAUAUGAAUGACAGGUCAUUUUACCUUUCCA